AUGACUUUGUUCUUGGCUCUGGACUCGUCUUUAUCAAUGCGAUUACCUGUGAAUCAAGAGGACAAUACAGCAAGGUGGGUUGUGGCACGUAAAUUGGCUAUACAACUUAUCGAAAAAGUUCGAAUAUUAGAUCCUGAUCGUAAGAUUAAAUUGAUUGAUUUUUCUCACAAUUCCAAAAUUGUAUCAUGUGAUAUACGAAGAAUUGAAGAAGUUGCUAAAAAAUUGAAGUGCAUAAACGUCUCAGCUUCAGCAGACUUAAUCGCGUUAUUUUUAUUGGUGAAAAUGGAAAAUGAUAACGAAAGCAGCAUUCUUCUAGUAUUCACUGAUGCAUGCACUUUCACUCCCGAGGAGGUGAACCUUAAGCAUUUGCCGAAUUGUUCGGUCAGUUUCGUUUGUGUUUUGGAUGAAAAUUUAACAAAUAGUGAUCAAAUUGCUCGAUUCUGGGCUAUUUCAUUGCAGACGAAACGCUCCACAGUUCAGUUUGAAUUUGAAUCAUGUGAAUCAUCAAUGCCAUUUUUCUUAUCUGAUUACGAUGAUAUUGAAGCAUGCAGUGAAGCUCUGGCAAAAAAAUUAUGUCCAGAACCAACAUUCACACUGAAUUGCGGUUUCUUAAAAGCAGAGUUUAAAGUAAUACCAUCAGGAGACAGUUAUGAUUGGGAUUCAAUCUUUGAAAUCAUUGGAUUCAUACCUGUAAACUGUUCAUAUGUACCAACCAUUAGGCAUCAUUUUGUUUUGCCAUGCCCAGGUAGCGAAGACAUGUUGAAUAUUUUGUGUGCCGCAAUGCAUGCUGAUGAAAGUAUGGCUAUUUGUCAUAUCAGUGAGAAUUUAUAUGCAGCAUUGUGUUCUAUUUGUUCUAAAGAGGAGGAUGACUUUACAAGUAAUCGACUUUUAAUAGCAUUAUUCCCAUCUGGCAUUUGUCCUGUUCCUUGGUUGCCUCCGCUUACAACUUUAUGUUCUCAGAAUAUUGUUGAUACAGAAAAUUAUGAGCAGUCGUUUUGUGUAAGCAAUGAUAACCUUUCCAUACCAUCAUAUUUUUCACAACCAAGAACUUGUUGGUAUGAACCUCAUGGAUUGCAAAGUGAUAUGCAAAAGAUCUCACGGUUAUUGAAGAAAAUUCCUGAUAAAAUGUUCUUGUUUUAUACGGAAUUGAGUAGAAUACAUGCUUACUGCUGUGCUACUGGUGCUGAAGAUAUUUUGGAGAAAUUAAUUCAGAUUUUGCGUGAAGAAAGUUCGAAACAGAUGCCACUCAUUGUCAAGCACUGUUUGUAUGCAAUUGAGGAGCUUAGGUAA